CCGCUUCCGCAAUCUUCCAUUCCUCCUCUCUCCUUCCCUGUGUCUCUCUCCUCGCGAGCUCUUCAUCCCUUCUUCCAGCGCGGUUUGGCGAUGGCGGCAGCGCAGGCGAUCUCGAAGGGGAGCGUGGUGUCUCCAUGCGGCAAUCGAGCGGCGCCGGGCUUCCUUGCCAGGCGGAGGGGUGCCGUGGCGGCGCGGAUGGCACCGUCAGCGGCGCGGAUCGGGGGCUUCUGGAGGAAGAACGCGUUUCCUGGCGGGAGGCUAACCCUGAGGACGAGGAGAUCCAGGGCCGCGUCACCGACGCAGAUGAACAUGAACCUUGCGCUUGGGAAAUCGAUGAGGUGGUGGGAGAAGGGGUUGCAGCCCAACAUGCGUGAGAUCGAGUCCGCCCAAGACCUUGUCGAUGCUUUGACCAACGCCGGCGACAGGCUCGUCGUCGUCGACUUCUUCUCUCCUGGCUGCGGCGGCUGCCGUGCUUUUCACCCCAAGAUUUGUCAAUUUGCGGAGCAGAAUCCAGAUGUGCUGUUCUUGCAAGUGAACUACGAGGAGCACAAGUCUAUGUGCCACAGCCUUCAUGUCCAUGUCCUACCCUUGUUCAGAUUCUACAGGGGAGCACAGGGACGACUCUGUAGCUUCAGUUGUACCAACGCAACUAUUAAGAAGUUCAGGGAUGCACUUGCGAAGCACAAGCCAGAUAGAUGUAGCCUUGGCCCAACCAGGGGGCUAGAGGAAUCUGAGUUAUUAGCCUUGGCGGCAAACAAGGACCUGCAGUUCACCUACGCGAAGCAGGAACCAGAACUGAUCCCCAGGGGAGAUGCUCCUGGGGAGGUCGUUGCUCCCGAGCCUGCAAAGCUUCCUGCGGCUCCAAAGCCUUUGGUCAGGCUGGGGUCCGAGGAGAGGUCAGGCUGGUCUCGUCAGGAAGAUGAAAUGCAUAUGAGGUUAUCAUGAGGAUGAUUAGAUGCUUCCGUUCUGUAUAGUUCCGCGGUUCUUGGUGUGUACAGGUUGUAGCUUCCCAUGGUAGCAGAGUGCAGGCUAAGAUUUUUUACAUGUGAAGCCUGCCCGCCUGUCGUCCAGUAGUUUAGCUCGGUUGGAUUAGCAGUACCAAUGAGCGGUGUUGUGGAGCUCUGCCUUGAGGAAAUCGUGUGGUAGAUGUAUGGAUGAUUCGUCUACAUGCUAUUUCGUCGAAUUCUGUAGAUCAAGUGGAUGUGUAGCUCUUGUUUCAUUUCCCCUGUAGCGUUGGGAUCUGUCCGUCGCAGAACAGAAUAAUCGAUCAUGCCUUAUGUUGUGCCAGAUAUUGUGGUGCUUAGAGAUCAUUGUUUGUUGUGAUAAUAUUCGAGUCCGUGACUAGUUUCCUUAUGUUGUAUCAGACACUGUGGUGAUCAUUGUUGUGAUAACAUUUGAGUUUUGUGGCUAGUUCCUGCCUUGCCUUCGGGGCAGGGAACGGCCGAUUGAG